AUGAGUUCCAAGCAUCCUAACGAACGGAUCACUCAACAAGGAGCUCGCAAAAAGAACUGUAACCAACCUACUCCCGAAGGUUUCAAAGUCAAGCAAUAUGCGGAUGAUUUGGCCGUCCUCGAUGGUGGUGGUGAUGCGUACAAAACACUACCGUCGUCCGACAACAAGAAAAAACCAGAUGUAGUUGAUAUGUCAAAUAUUCCAGACAGUCCAGCACCAGAUGUAGUUGAUAUGUCAAAUAUUCUAGACAGUCCAACAAAUGUCGACAAACUUCCCCGCCCUGUCACUGUCUACAAGAAGACUACUACAGUACAGGAUACCCCAGCACAUGCCAACAAACCUCCCCGUCCAGUUUCUGCGAACAAGAAGACUAUUGCAGCACAGAAUAGUCGAGCGAGUACCAAAAUAGCUCCUCGUCUGGUUACUGCCAUCAAAAAGAAACCCGAUCAUGCUAAUAGUUCUGAAGAGUUGAAGAAGGAAAGGGAGAAUGCAGGGAAAGCCUCUGAAUUGUAUAAGAAAUUGUCACAGUUGGAAUUGGGAACCACUGAUGAAAUGGCAUUGGGACUUGUGGGAUCCAGUAAUUUUUUCCAACAUGACGUUCUUCAGAACAUGAUGACUUCAAUGUAUAACACCGGAGAAGCUAGUUAUGGUGAAUUGUUGAAGAAUUGGGAGAAGGAAGAAUAG